AAUGUUUGUUUGGUUUGGUCUCUCUCUCUCUCUCUACAGACAUUCCCUCCUGUUCCCUUCCUCCCCCGAGUUGCAUUUCGGAACAAACCGGCCGUUCAAUCGAAUAUCCCUUCUCUCUCUCUCCCACCCCUCUCUCUCUCUAGAUUUUUCCCCUGGUUCCGCCAUUAGAGCUGUCGCUAUCAGCAAUGCGAUCUCAUUCCUUCCACCUGAAGUCCUCUCACCUACCUCUCCUGGAGCUCCCCCGCCGCUCCUCUCGUUCGCUUUGCCCUCCGCAGCUCCGUCGUUUCCGCGGAGCCUCCUACGGUCUUCAGAUACCCGGUUCGGUUGUUCAGAGACAUCGGCGCCACUUGCAGCAGAGUCAGGCCUUUGAUGAUGGCUCAUUUGAUAUUCCAUCACUUGAUGGUUGGAGUGACAAUGAGGGCACAAGCAGUUACAUGAUUUCAUCCAGUGAUGGUGAAGACAGUGAUGGAGAAGUAUUAAUAAAUCCAGUCUCUGACGUGGAACUGCCUAGGGUUAAAGUAUCAACUAAUGAUGCUUUAACAAUGACUGCUCACCGAUUUGCGAUGAUUGGUAGACGACGUAAGAGACACAGGAUCAAAUAUGGGGCUUUCAUCAAUAUGGGUCUGAUAGUUUUCUUGACAAUAUGUCUUUUACUUAUAGAUUGGUGUGCUUGGCGGAUAGUUAGGUUACCCUUGGAACCAUUUUACUUGACCCGCCCUUUUUUCAUAUCAGCAAUUAUAGUUUCCUGUGUAGGAUAUGUAUGUGUACCCUUACUUCAUGGUUUACAAAUUUACCAAAUUAUCCGGAAGGAAGGACCUUGUAGACACUCCUUGAAGAAGAGAACCCCCACAAUGGGUGGAUUAUUUUUUGUUCCUAUUGGUGUAGCUGUAGCACAAUAUAUAGCUGGUUUCUCUUGUAUUGAAGUUACUGGAGUGGCAGCAGUAACCCUGGCUUAUGCGGCAAUUGGAUUAUUUGAUGAUACUCUGAGCCUGUACAAGAAUCACAACUAUGGUUUAUCUUCAUGGUUAAGAAUUUUGUUAGAGGUAGCUGUUGGGAUACUUUUUUCACUGUGGCUGGAUUGCGCUAGUAUAUCGUCACCUUAUGGCAUGAAGGAAUUGGUCCUUCUACCUUCUCCAGUAGGCAUCAUUUGCCUGGGAAAAUUUUACAUGCUGUUGACUUCAUUUUGCUUUGUUUCCAUGGGAAAUGGGGUGAACUUGACAGAUGGUCUUGAUGGACUGGCUGGUGGCACUGCUGCUUUGGCUUUCAUAGCAAUGUCGAUUGCUGUGCUUCCUAUAUGUGCUGAUCUCGCUAUAUUUGGGGCGUCCAUGGCCGGAGCAUGCGUUGGUUUUCUGUUGCACAAUCGAUACAGAGCUUCCAUAUUCAUGGGGGACACAGGAUCUCUUGCCCUCGGCGGAGCACUUGCUGCAAUGGCUUCUUGUACCGGAAUGUUCUUUCCACUUUUCAUCUCAUCGGGUGUUUUCGUCCUAGAAGCACUUUCUGUAAUCCUACAGGUAUUGUACUUCAGGGCUACGAAACGGCUAUGGGGGUUGGGGCGUCGCUUCUUCCGGAUGGCACCCUUUCAUCACCAUCUUGAACUAUGUGGCCUGAAGGAACCGAUCAUAGUUGCUGGCGCAUAUGUAGUAUCAGCCUUCUUGUCCCUAUUUGCAGCUUACGUGGGCCUCAUAUCUGCAUAGCUCUUCCUUCCAGCAUCUUCUAUCUUCUUUCCUUCAAUCCGGUAAUUCCGUAUUCUUCCCUCUCCUGAUAGAAUCACUCAUUGUCUAGAGUUUGAAACCUGAAGAUUCUCUAGCACAUAGAUACUUCAGAAUAAUGUGAGGAACAAUAUUAUAAUUAAUGGAUCGGCUCUGAGCUUAAUUAUGAGUUUUUUGCUUCAGAAGAAGUGAAAAUUGAAAUAACCAAUUCUUUAGUUACGUUAUCAGUUGCCUUGCUACUGUAACUGCAUAUAAGGAUGUUCCGAUUAAUUUUUCAAUACAAAAUACUAGAAAAUAUCCCA